UUAAUUGAAAGCUAUGAAACAAGUCUAAUAUAUAUCAAAACUAGAAUUGGCUGUCCUAAAUAAGUUUUUAAGAAUAGCCUUCCAACAUGAUUUUAUUUUCCUCCAAGCACACAAGUAAAAGGCUUUCUAAACAUAUUUUAAAAUCCUUCUACUCUGAAAUUAUUUUCUUAAAACACAUGAGAAUGUAAGAGUUGACACGAUCCAACUUUCGAUGAGAUGAGAGGCUCAACGGUUCCUUUUGUUUCAAAGCUCAAUCAUCUUUCUCUAUUUACUAAUAAAAUGCUAAGAAAUCAACACCAUGUCUAUACAUCCAAAUCCUGCAAUUGUUCCUCUUCUCUCUCAUUUAGAAAUGACCCAACUGCCCUCUCCACUGCACUUACUCACUCUGCAAAUUCAAAAUGUAUUCUUCUCGGAAGUCAAAUACACGCCCAGAUCAUCAAGUUGGGAUUCUGCAAUGACAUUUUCUCACAAAAUAAUCUCAUCAGGAUGUACACCAAAUGUGGGUUCUUGGCUGGUGGGCUUAAGGUGUUUGGUGAAAUGCCUAUGAAAAACCUUGUUUCUUGGACUUUGGUGGUCUCUGGUGCUGUACAAAAUGGUGAGUUUGAGAUGGGUCUGGGAGUGUAUUUGGAGAUGAUAAGAACUGGGUUGGUCCCUAAUGAGUUUGCUCUUGGCUGUGUUACGAAGGCGUGUGCUGCUUUGGGGGGUAAAGAAUUGGGUUUGUGCGUACAUUGUUUUGCUCUGAAAGUUGGAAUGGAGAAGAAUCCAUUUGUGGGUAGUUCCAUUUUGAACAUGUAUGCUAAGUUGGGGGAUAUUGAAGAUGCUGAGCGGGUGUUUGAGUGUAUGGACAAUCUUGUUGUUGGUUGUUGGAAUGCUAUGAUUGGAGGCUAUGCACAAUGUAGUUAUGGCUUUGAAAGUCUCAAGAUUGUGUCUGUGAUGCAAUAUAAAGGAAUAAGUAUGGAUGCUUUCACCUUCAUUAAUGCUCUCAAAGGGUGCUUGGUUGUGGGUAAUUUGAAUUUUGGAAGACAGAUUCAUGGAUUGAUCAUUCAGAGUGAGGUGGGAUUUAGUACUGCAGUAAUGAAUUCUCUUAUGGACAUGUACUUUAAAAAUGGUGGAGGGUUGUAUGCUUUGAAGGUUUUUGAUAGGUUGCAAGAUAAAGAUAUUAUAUCUUGGAAUACUGUGUUUGCAGGCUUAUCACAAGGUGAUGAUGCAAGAGAAAUAGGAAGAUUCUUCCAUAAAUUAAUGUUAACAGGCUUAAAGCCCAACUGUGUGACUUUCUCAAUCUUGUUUAGAUUUUGUGGAGAGGCUCUUGAUCUUGUUUCUGGGCUUCAGUUUCAUUGUCUUGCUUUUCGGUUUGGAAUCUCUGAUGAAGCAAGUGUCACCAGCUCACUCAUCAAUAUGUUCUCUAGAUGUGGGGCAAUGAGGAUGGCAUGUUUAGUGUUUGACAGUGCACCUUUCAAAAGCAUACAUACUUGCAAUGAAAUGAUUUCUGGUUAUAAUUUAAAUUGUCAUAAUGCAGAAGCCCUGAACCUUUUCUGUAACUUAAACGGCCUGGGACUUGAAGCAGACGAGUGUACCUUCUCAAGCGCCUUGGAAGCUUGUUUCAGAACUGAAAACCAAAAAUUAGGUAGACAAAUGCAUGGCACUAUAGUUAAGUCUGGUUUUGCAUCUCAAGGAUAUGUCUGUAGUUCAUUACUUAAGUGUUAUGUUGGAUUUGGACUGCUAGAUGAUUCUUUUGAGUUUUUUAAUGGGGUUGAGAGAUUAGAUUUGGUAUCUUGGGGGGCCAUGAUUUCUGCAUUGGUGCAUAAAGGUUAUAGCUCAGAAGCUAUUGGUCUUCUUAACCGUCUGAAGGAAGCUGGUGGGAAGCCUGACGAGUUUAUCUUUGGCAGCAUUUUUAAUUGUUGUGCUGGUAUUGCAGCUUAUCGCCAAACUAAAUCUGUCCAUUCCCUUGUUGUCAAAAUGGGAUAUGAGGCACAUGUAUUUGUAGCGAGUGCAGUAAUAGAUGCGUAUGCAAAAUGUGGGGACAUUGAAAAUGCAAGGAGAGUUUUUGAUCAAACAUCCAGAUUUCGUGAUGUUAUUCUUUUUAAUACUAUGGUCAUGGCAUAUGCACAUCAUGGUCUUGUAAGGGAAGCUGUGGAAACGUUUGAAAAGAUGAAGUUGGCUACCCUAGAGCCUAGCCAAGCCACUUUUGUUUCAGUUAUAUCUGCUUGUAGUCAUCUUGGUCUUGUUGAACAAGGUGAUAUUUUCUUCAAAUCGAUGAACUUGGAUUAUGGGAUGGACCCUUCUCCAGAUAAUUACGGCUGCUUAGUUGACUUGUUUUCACGAAAUGGAUUUCUUGAAGAUGCUAAACAUAUAAUUGAAACAAUGCCUUUUCCUCCCUGGCCAGCUAUUUGGAGAUCCUUGUUGAAUGGCUGUAGGAUACAUGGAAAUAAAGAAUUGGGAGAAUGGGCUGCUAAGAAACUACUUCAGUUGGUUCCUGAGAAUGAUGCAGCAUAUGUUUUACUGUCAAAGGUUUAUUCUGAAGAGGGUAGUUGGAGUGAUGCUGCAAAGGUGAGGAAGGGGAUGAUAGAAAGAGGAUUAUGGAAAGAUCCAGGUUGUAGUUGGAUUGAGAUAUAAUAAAAUAUCCAUACUCUUUGGAUGAGAAAACUCUAAACUAAGUUUCACUGGGCUGUUUGAAUGAAUUUGAUUCUGGUUCUUGACCAGUAAUUUUUCAAAAUCAAGAUUGCUUUUUCUGGAGGAAAGUUCUGUCCCUAACACAUGGAAACAAGCACAUCCUGGUUCUCCAAGGACUAGCCUUCCAAAAGCAAUAAUUGCAUUUCCCUGGGGAAACACAAGAAACCAAAGUAUGCACUUCAUACAAUAAUUUUUAUGUUUGUGGUGCCGUCAUAUCUCUAUUCUUUUCACCUUCUCUUUUUUCUUAUAUUGUUUCUGUGUGAUCCUCUUUUAUCACAUGGCAGAUAACAACUGCAUGUAUUUCCUUUUCCUAUAAACUCCUUUGGUAUUUGAGCCCUUUUGGGUACCAGCUCUUGGAAAUGGGUGUUGAAAAAACCUGAGUACUGUUUUGGUACAGCAGAAGAAUAAAGGUGUUUGUUCAUAACAAUUUCGCACUUGUUGAAUGUGAUGAAAGAUGCUUCCUUUUCUAUUUCCAAUGGAUAGGCUGGAUAUACCAGCCUCUUUCAUCUCCUAUUAUGCUAUCCUUCAAAGUAUGGCUUGUGAAUCUUAUAGUCAUGACGGUGCUGCAUCUUCCAAACCGGGCACAUUUCUUCUCAUGAUCUGUUUUUUGUCAUUGUUUUCUCUUGAGCUUGAUCAUAUUUGUGUAUAAUAUUAGUUCUGGCAUAAUAAAACUCAGCAGGUUUAUUGAUCAUGACAGUUUUUCUGAUGGUUAAAAAAAUUGAGAUGGAAAAAUUUUAAGUAGGCAUCUUUUGAAAACUAAGCCUUAAGCGAUUGUCUUAUCUGCCUCAUAGCCGAGCAAACCCUUCUAUGGUGUCUAUGAUGUGUAUGGGCAAAUGGAGAUUUAGCCAACUGCCCUGACUUGAUUUAGUAGGAUCAUUGCAUUGGCUGUUUGUAUUCUUUGAAGGCAUUCUUGAAAUGUAAUACAUGAGGUUGGUUGUGGUACUAAGGGGAGUCUCAAAUGCAUUUGGAAUUUUGUACACUGAGAAACUAGUCUUCUUUAUGGAAAAUUUGAAAAAAGAAAAAAAAGAAAAAAAGAAAAAAAGUGGAAUUGGUGCUUAUUAGAAUGCCUCUUGAACUCGAUUUAUUUACUUCUCUUGUUAGUGUAAAUAUUCAUUUGAACUAUGUGCUGUUGCCAUUUCUAACAUGACUUCUAUCAUUUAAGGCAAAACAAGAUGAGUAGGUCAUGGUUACAAAUGUUGUAGAUUCCAGCUAUAAAUUUGAUCUGUUGUCUGCUAUCCCUUCACUGGUUUGGUUAGUAUAAUUCUUACCAUAUCAGCUACCAACAAGAGUAGUAAUUCAUAUUUGAGCAACUAGUAGUAUGGCAUCUUUACCUUUGUUCUUUAGCCUUUCUCUGCAAAAAGUCAUGUCUAGAGUUGCAUUCUUUCAACCACUAAUCUGUGAUGAUAUCCUUAUAUUAUUACUGCACUGCAUGACAUGUAUUUCCUCUUCUACUUAUAUUAUGGAAUGUGGUUGCAGUCAUUUGUUUAUUGCUUUAUAAUGAUUGCUUAGUUACAGUAUUGAUUUCAAAUAUGUAUGUUUUGUUGUAACACGAAGUGUGAUUAUAUAUGACUGUACUUAUGAUUGAAGUGAAUUAUAAUCCAAUUGCUCUGGCUUGUUUACCAAUGUCAAUAAUUGAUGAUUACACAAAUCAAACAAUUCUGAGUUCACCUCAAAUUGAUUAAUUUGGAUGCAAUGAGAAUAUUUCAUUGCUCCAAAAAAAAUUCAUCCCAUGAGUUGCAUGACCUCCUACCUUUAUGAACAUUAAAAAUCUCAUUCCUACAGGUCCCGACUUCCAUCAUACUGGGCUCUCCAAAGAGAGAUUCUUCUCAAAAAAGAUGUUGAAGCCAAAGGCCGUCCUAAGCUCCCUUUUGGUGAAGUUUUGUUUAGAGGGGAAAUAAGAGGAAGAAAUGAAGAAUGUAAUCAAUAACAGGAUCCUUACCGCCCAUGUUUCAAGUGGGAUCUGCAGCCGUAUGAGACUAGGACACAUCUGGAAGGUGAUUUUCUCAAGUUUGAGAGCCCUUUUGUUGGCUGACUUCAGCUGGUAAGGCAUGUUCAGAUUGUUGGAAUAGAGAAUGAGAAUGAAAAAUCAAUUUCAUUUCCGAUGUAUUGUUAUAUUUGGAUUGUUUUUUAGAAUAAGAAUAAGAAUUAAAAGUUCAUUUUCAUGGAAAUUAUAUUUCACUUUUGCCAGGAGUUUGAUUUCUCUCUUUGAUAUGGUAUUGUGAUUUACCUC